UCUUACAAACGCUCGCCAACUGCCGUGCAGUCAAGGUUUGCUUUAAAUAUUUGUCCAAAAAAUAGUUUCAGAGCUUCAAAAUGGUGUCGAGUGCAAAAAUGAUCUUGGCUCUCACCGUCUUGGCCACCGUAGCCUGCACUGGGUACGCCAUUAAGUGCUAUCAGUGCGAUUCCUUGACUAAUUCCGAGUGUGGAAAAGACAUCAAGUCAGAUAGUAGUCUCGUUUUGGAUUGCACCAAGAUGGCUCCUCCUCGAUUCCUCCAGAGCUUCUUCCCAGUUCGCAACGCCACCGGUUGCAUGAAGCAGACCAUCGACAUUCCGGGAAACCCCCAGAUCGUGAGGUCCUGCUACUUCGGCAACAUCGACGACACGAAGGUUGGAUGCCAGACGGAUCCCAGCCUGACGAUUAACAAGUUGCUAAGCUGCGAGGUUUGCACCAAGGACGAGUGCAACGGAUCCUCCUCCCUGGCCCCCAUCGCGGGAGUAAUCCUGCUCUUCUUUGGCUUGACCCGUCUGCUGGGCUGAGCUAGGAGCAUGUUUUAGUACCGAAGUGCUAUCCCAACUAUAUCGAGUUCGCUUAUGGAAAGCCUUGAGGGCCUGCUUUAGUCACCUUUGAAUCUCUUGUAAUUGUUACACCCUUUAAACUGUUUUUGCCACCUUUAAACAUUAAACGUCACUUUAUUUAUUUGAAAAUAUUGUA